AGAUGCUCUUGAACAUCAUGGAGAACCAAAUUAUGGAGAAGGGACUGAGACCCAGGAUACAGGUAAAGAGCCUGUAAAUGAAGACUACUACGAAGAAAGCAUACAAGCAAUGAUGUUGGCCCAAAAGAAUAAGUUUGAAGCUAAGAAAUGUUGUUCCCAACAGAACCAGCUGCUGAUGCUGAAAAGAAAGAUGAAACUGCAGGGGCGCUUCCAGAACCAGUAAAUGAAGAUACAGAGCCAGGUGAAAUUCCUGAGGACGUGGAAAUUAAUAAAAAGCAAUCAGAGGAAAAAGAACAUACAGAAGACACUGUUGCUGUUGAACCUCAGGAAACAGAAGUUCCUGUUGAAGCAGAGAAUUACUCAAAUGAUGAUCUAGUGGGAAAAAGUAAAGAAACUGAACAGGAACAAAAAGAAAAAGCUAAGAAGAAACCAAAACUCUUAAACAAGUUUGAUAAGACCAUUAAAGCUGAACUGAAUGCUGCAGAAAAGCUACGUAAAAAGGGAAAAGUUGAAGAAGCUGUGAAGGCCUUUGAAAUAUUAGUGAGCAAAUAUCCACAGAGUCCACGAGCAAGAUAUGGGAAAGCACAGUGUGAGGAUGACUUAGCUGAGAAGAUAAGAAGCAAUGAAAUACUGCAAAAAGCCAUCAAUACGUUUGAGGAGGUGGCUAGCCUGCCAGACGUCCCUGCUGAUCUGGUAAAAUUGAGCCUGAAACGACAAGCAGACAGGCAGCAAUUUCUUGGUCACAUGAGAGGUUCUCUGGUUACUCUUCAGAAACUAGUUCAUCUGUUUCCCAAUGAUAUCUCAUUGAAGAAUGAUCUUGGAGUGGGUUACCUCUUAAUAGGAGAUAACAGUAAUGCCAAGAAAGUUUAUGAGGAGGUCCUGAGUCUGGCUCCAAAUGAUGGCUUCGCUAAAGUACAUUAUGGCUUCAUCCUCAAGGCAGAAAACAAGAUAGUAGAGAGCAUUCCAUAUUUGAAGGAAGGCCUAGAGUCUGGUGACCCUGGCACUGAUGAUGGACGCUUUUAUUUUCAUUUAGGUGAUGCCCUGCAGAGAGUUGGAAGCAAAGAGGCAUACAGGUGGUAUGAGCUUGGGCACCAGAGAGGACACUUUGCAUCAGUUUGGCAGCGCUCUCUCUACAAUGUUAAUGGACUAAAAGCUCAGCCUUGGUGGACAGCAAAGGAAACUGGUAAUACUGAAUUGGUGAAGUCCCUAGAAAAAAACUGGAAGCUUAUUCGUGAUGAAGGGCUUUCUGUGAUGGAUAAAGGAAAAGGCCUCUUCUUACCUGAAGAUGAGAACCUGCGAGAAAAGGGAGAUUGGAGCCAGUUCACAUUGUGGCAGCAAGGAAGAAAAAAUGAAAAUGCCUGUAAAGGCGUCCCUAAAACAUGUGCUUUCUUGGAAAGAUUCCCUGAGGCUACAGGGUGCCGAAGAGGACAGAUCAAGUAUUCCGUCAUGCACCCAGGGACUCAUGUCUGGCCUCACACAGGGCCUACUAACUGUAGGCUGAGGAUGCAUUUGGGCUUGGUUAUACCAAAAGAAGGCUGCAGAAUUCGAUGUGCCAAGGAGAACAGAACCUGGGAAGAAGGGAAGGUUCUUAUCUUCGACGACUCUUUUGAGCAUGAAGUGUGGCAGGAUGCUGACAGUUAUCGGCUGAUAUUCAUUGUGGAUGUGUGGCACCCUGAGUUAACACCCCAACAGAGACGCACCCUUCCUGCCAUUUAAGAGGUCAUUUCUGAUGCAAGAAACAGAGGAGGUUUAAUCCAUUGGAGUCUGGAAAUAUAAAUACACAACAUUAAUUUGGCUGGCCAUGUGGAAAAUGUCACCCUUCUAGAGGUUAGAAGAUAUGAAGAAAUUGUUCCACAGUUACUGUGGACUUACCUACAAAUGUUCCAUUCUGUUUCAUACUGAAAUGGCACUGAUCUGAGAGAUUUGCUUGUAGGCUGCAAGUAUAAUAAUACUCUUGUCAGCCAAAGAGCUAUCAGGCCAAAUUUUCAAAAUGAGGAAUGUGCAAAUGUUUGUGACAUGUCUCUAUUAUGUGUACCAGUACCACAGAUGUACUUAUUGGCCAUGUUAAUGCACAAAUAUCUGAUUUGUACAUGCACUGCUACCUGGUAAUGACAUGUAUACAUUAGAUGUGCAUAAACAUUUGCACACAACUAGCUUUGAAAUUCUCUCAUGCAAUUUCUAAUCAUAAAUGUUUUAGGUAUGAAACAAUAUGCAUAUAGUAUCAACUGUAGAUAAUGUGAAUGAAUGGUUUUAUUUUGUAUUUUUCUACAUGGGUAAUUGUAUUUUUCUAUCAUAACUAUACAUUUAUCAUUUCCUUUUGUGAACCACUAAUUUUUUAAAAAUAUGUUUAAUAAGUGUACGUCCAGCUUUUAGCAGAGGAAGGAACUCUACGUGCUAAGUGUGGCCUUUUCUUGCCAUCUGGAAAUGCAGACAGUAACCUGUAUUAUUUAACUGCCAGUUGAUAGAGUUUAAAAACUGAUAUCCAAUCAGUUUUGUUUUCCUAGAAUGAAAGAAUCCUUUAAGUCUCCUUCACCUAUAAGGAUCUCUUCAAUUUUAGGACCUCAUCCUGGGAAGUACUGGGACGUCCAUUGUCUUAAGUGGGAGUUGCAGGUGCUCAAUAACUUUAGGACUAUGUAGUUAACUGCUAUGUCCCCUAUCAUUUCAAAGCCCCUUGUGUCAUGCCAUCUUCUGUCCAAGAAGAGUUGGACACAGCUCCUUCCAAGGGCUGCUUCUAGAUUGACCUGAGUGGUCAUUCCUCAGAAUAAGAACCUAAAUAGAAGAGAAACAGAAUUCUCUGAGCUGGGAGCAGAGGACCAAAUUCUGAUUUGGAAUUCUGAUCCUUGCCUGGAAGCACAGACUUCCUGCUAGAACGCAGAGCCAGAUAAGAACAGCUUUGAAUAUAGUUUUCAAUGUAUUAACUUCCAUGUCAGAAAUUAGAGCUCUUAGAUUUUGUUAGUUAUAUCUCCAGAGUAGGGAGACAGGCCUCUUCCCAUUUUAGGCUUGCGAAACAUUCAUGUUGCAGUAAACUGUCAAAUGUAUUGUGUUAUUAAGGUGCCUUAUAUCAUGGUAUCUAAGCACCAUGCAUACAUACUCUAUAUGCUCAUAAUCAGACUGUCUGAGAUUGUUUACUGCAUUACAGUGGCAAUGUUGAUAAAAUAGCCUUAACUUUGUAUUCCCAUAAACUAAGAGUCACUUAGAUUUUGGAUUUAUUAAAUAGUUAGAUCAUAUAGUGCCAUAUAACACAUUGUAUGAUGGUUUGUGCCAUGAGAUGCUGUAACUAUUUUUUGGAGUUGUGCACGUUUAUUUCCUUUUGGAUUAGCAAAAUUUGAUGAUCAUGCACUGAUCAAGACUUCAGUUUCAGCCAGUCAUGAUCCAGAAAAACUUGGGUGUGCUUUCUAAACCAGACACAACUAUAUACCCACCUCAACAAGAAAUUCACAACUCUCAGGUUAAUUAUCAGGAGAUCCUAAAAUAAUUAUAUUCAUUUCACAAUUUGAAACAUGUAAAAAUGCUUAUUGGGAGGAUUUGAUAGAACGAUAUAUGAGAACUAUUUAUAAAUGAGGUGCUCAGUAUAACUGGGCUCAGUGGGAGGCAGCCUCUCCAGCCAAUUGUUUAGUUGCAUGGCAUAUUUUAUAAUACUGUAAAAUGAGUAAGAAAGAUAAAUGAUAAAAUAAUUUUUAAAGAAUGAAUAGAAGUGUUUGGCUUUGACCCAAAAUUGUUUCCUUUUAGAGUAUAUCUAAUUCACCUUAAACUACAUUGCAAUUUCCAUUGCUUGGAUUUAAUACCCAUUCUCUAGAGGUGUAACAGAUGUUGUUUAGGUUUUAAUUUGUGAAAACUUGCCAUGCUUUUCUUGUAGCUCCGUUUGUUCCCUUAUUGUUUAGUAGUGUUUAUUUUCUCUUCCUCUGAAGGUAGAUGCUUUAUCAUUUGGGAUUAUGAUUGGCAAAUACAUUAAAGCACUCAACACUAAACAUGAACCUAUAAACAUAUUAAUGCUCAUUAAAUAGUGAGGGAUGCAUUAUUGUAGCAUUUUAUUGUGCAUUAAAAACAGAAGUGCCUUGAUGUGGCAAUGCGGAUGAUGUGGCUUCAUUAUUAGUAGCUUCUCCACCACUGAAAUUACUUCUGUUGUGCUUUGGGGGCAAGGAGUCAAGAGCGUUAUUUUUUGUUGGACGUAGUUAUUGGAAUAGCUGUGCACCCAGUAAGCAUAUGGAGGAACCUAUAAAAUUGUACAGUGUAUACAUGACACAUCAUUUUAAGCUUUUUAGAUUGCAAACUGAUGCUAAGAAAGAACCUUUCUACAUUGGAAAUGCUAAUGGAAGAAACAAAUGAAAAUGAUUUUUAAAGUGAAAAAUAUCUUCAGUAAAAUAUUUUGUCCUUCAUAUUUGUUCAACAAAGGGAGACAAUUUGACAGAGAAGGACUGUAUAAUCUAAUGUUUGUCUCAUACCAAUAAGGUCAGUGAAAAUUGCAUUUCUUUUUCCUGUUCAUAGUUAUCAUGUACCUAUGCACAGAGUUAAAUGAGAAACACCAUCUUACAGUCAUGCCCUGAUAUUUUGGGAUAUGUAUUACAGGCCAACACAGAUGUUUAUUCAUGUCACCAUUGUAUGUUUUAGUCAUAACAGCUUAAAGGGCUUUCUUACCUUUUAUAGACACUGAUGCUCAUGGACUAUGAAUUCAAUAACUUUCAAAACACUUCAGCUGCACAACGCUGACUUAAAUAAACUCAGGCUACUAAAAUGUAUUGCAGAAUUCCCCAGCUAAGAUUUUCUUAGUCUUCUUUCUCUCUACCUCAUGACUUACAAAAUGUUACAUCACUGUUCUUGUGAGAGUAUCAUUUUAGUGGCAACACAGGUAAAUGUGUUAACUAGGAAGGUGUAAAACAAGGCAUCUCUCUUUAGUGACACUACAGUACUGUCUCCAUUGAAGCCAGUGGAGCUAUGCUGUGUUACACUACUUGACGAUGUGCCUAGUGUAUUCUACCAUGAAUUUUAAUGGGGGGGAAUCACUAAGAUAUAUGUCUUCAAUCUGGCAACAUGCUGAGUGCUCAUUUGUGGUUCUGGGCAUUCCUGCAAAGUGCUUAGGGCCCUCAAUACUUGUUGACAUCAGCAUGACCUUGCAGAGCUCUUAGCACCUUGCAGAUCAAGCCCUAUAUCUACCCCAUCCUGCUGAGAAAUACAAACCACACAAAUUAUACUCUUUCUGCAAUUAUUCUGCAUGUAACAUUAGCAGCUGUAAUAAUCCCUAGUUGAGUAUAAUAGUAUCGGACAGACCCCUUCUGGCCAGGUAUAAAUGUGAUAUUCUAUGUCAGUUAGAGGUAGCACAUUUUAUUUUCAUUCAUUAGGGAUGACUAUUCCCAGUUGAACUAUGUCAUCGCUUCAGUGUACCACUCACAAGUUAUGUGGCCCUCCCUGAGGCAUUUUUAAAAGAGUAUUAUGCUGUCCACUGUCAACUCAUGUUGUGUAUCUGACUUACAAUUACCUUAUUUGACAUAAGGGCAGGGACCACUUGUUCUAAUAAAUGCCAUGUAGCACAACUGAAUGAAAGGUAGAAAGUGCAUGCAAAAAAAUUGUACAAUGGUUUAAAGAAAUAAAGUCACAGCAGAUGCAAUUUCUUAACA